GCGGGGGAAACUGAAAAAGAGGGAACGAGGGAGGGAAGAAGAGGAGUAAGGAGGGAGAGGUCCUCCGGGAAAAGCAAAGUGGCUCCGGGGAGAAGAGGGGCUGCAGGCAUCCGAUGCCAAGCAUUCCCGAGGGGAGCUGAGCGGGUACGGCCAAGCAGAGCAGCUUUUGUGGUCUCCUCCUGACUCUCAAGAUGAUGAAAAGACAGUUCAAUCGAAUGCGCCAGCAGCUGUCCCAUCCCAACGCCACCAUUAGAGCCCAAGAAGCAACUGAGCUCCUGUCAGAAGAUUUGCUGCAGAUUGAGCAGAGAAUUGAGCCGGCCAAGCGAGCAGCUCACAGUGUGUCCAAGAGGCUCCAAGCCUGCCUGCAGGGACAGUGUGGCUCCGAGAUGGACAAGCGAGUGAAGAAGCUGCCCUUGAUGGCUCUGUCCAUGGCGAUGGCUGAGAGCUUCAAGGAACUGGACACAGAGUCUAGCCUUGGGAAAGCCCUGGAGAUGGGCUGCUGUAUUCAGAGCUCGCUGGCCAAAAUCGUGGCUGAGUUUGAGAUUGCCCUGGAGCACGAUGUCCUGCAGCCUCUCAACAAGCUCAGUGAGGAGGAGCUCCCCACCAUCCUGAAGCGCAAGAAGACGCUCCAGAAGUUGAUUUCUGACUGGAACACAAUCAAGAGCCGGCUGAACCAAGCUGCCAAGAGUUCCAGUAACAGCACUGGGGCUGGCGCUGGCCCAGGGGCAUCUUCUGCUGCCAACAAACUGGAGCUCUUGAAGGAAGAAGAGGAGGAGGUGAAGAGGAAGGUGGAGCAGUGCAAGGAUGAGUACAUGGCUGACCUCUACCACUUCUCCACCAAAGAGGACAUCUACGCCAGCUACUUCAUCAAACUAUUGGAAAUCCAAGCCCAGUACCACCGGCAGUCACUGGAAUCUCUGGACUCAGCUCUAGCAGAGCUGAGGGAAUGCCACAGACAGACAGAACCUUCCUUCACAACAGACACCCCAGUGGCAGGGUACUAUGGUGUGUCCCUAGAGACACACCUCAAGAGCUUGGGCCGGGAGAUUGCGCUUCCCAUCGAAGCCUGUGUCAUGAUGCUGUUGGCUUCUGGCAUGAAGGAGGAGGGACUGUUCAGGCUGGCAGCGGGUGCCUCAGUGCUGAGGAAGCUGAAGAGCAGCUUGGCCAGCGGGUCCAAUGCUCUGGAGGAGUUUUACUCAGACCCCCACGCUGUGGCUGGUGCACUGAAAUCCUACCUGCGGGAGCUGCCCCAGCCUUUGAUGACCUUUGAACUCUAUGAUGAAUGGGUCAAAGCUGCCAGCUUAAAGGACAUGGACAGCCGCCUGCAGAGCCUGCGAGACACCUGCAGCCGCCUGCCCCAGGACAGCUACAACAAUCUCAGGUAUCUGAUCAAGUUUUUGGCCAAGCUGGCUGAACACCAGGAGGUGAAUAAAAUGACCCCCAGCAACAUUGCCAUUGUGCUGGGCCCAAACCUGCUGUGGUCACAGCAGAGCACAGGAGACCCCAUGCAACUGGACUUGGCCUCGGUCUCCUCCAUCCAGGCUGUGGUGGAAGCCCUCAUCCAGAACGUGGACACUCUCUUCCCCGAAGAGGUAGACUUCAAUGUCUCAGGCAUGUUCAUGCCGCCCACAAACACGGGACUUCCCAAGGCUGCCCCAGAGGAAGAGCCAACCCCUGCGACCCCUCCAGCCAGCACUCCCACCCUUUUGGAUGGAGAGGCCACCACCAGGGACCCCGAGGCCAGGUCCCAGCCAGCAUCCCCAGGACUGCCCAGGCCAUCUCCUGAAGCUGCAGGGCCACCAGCUCCAGUGAUGACUGACAACAGCAUCCGCAAAGGCAAACGCCCAGCGCCGGCCCGACCCGCAGUGCCACCGCCGCCUGUGGCACAGCCCCGGAGCACAGCUCCUGCCCAGGCUGCCAGCCCCAAAGCCCUGCCUCGACGGACAGCGCCCGGCCGAGCCCCCUCCGUGCCGCCGCCGCUCCCUCCGCAGCCGGCACCGCGCCUCAGCCGGGAGGCCCCGCCGUCCCCCAGGCCUGCCGCCGGCGAGGCUGGCACGGCGGCGGCUGCCGCGGACUGUGUGGCACCCGCAGAGGAGGUGCCCCCGGCCACAUCGGCCCCAGAAGGACAGCCCUCAGAGAACUGAACAGGGGGAGAGGCGUGGAGGAAUCACAGCCUGGGGAGACGGGACCUGGCCCCUCUCUGGGACCCUGCAGACGCUGUGGAAGUGCCAGGGUGGCCUGAGGGAUAGCGCCACUCCAUCUUCCGCCUUGUUCCCGUGGCUCACACCACCUGGCAUGCUUUGCCUGCCUUCUCUCGCUCUCCUGUCUUGGUCUCCACCUCCCCACACUACCACAUCCCUGCCAGAUCCCUGCCCGGAUCCCCACUGCAGGCCCGGACACUGCUUGCAGCUUUCGGGCCAGCACGGGCAGCUUGGCCCCGUGGGGCCAUUCGCUCAGCCAUGACCCCAGCCCCAUUUUGCCUUAAAACGCAUUGCCUCAGGAUCA